AUCUUGGCAUACGGGUCGAUUCGCUGGUGGAAGAUUUUCUCGCCGGACCAGUACUCCGGCAUCAACCGUUUUGUCGCGAUAUUCACUGUCCUGCUCGUCUUUCCACUUUAUUUCCACCAACAAUCUGUACAAAAUGAAUUACAGGUUCAUUGUCGCCGAUACACUUCAGAAGAUUAUCAUGCUCGUCUUCCAUAUGGUGUGGACGAAUUUCACUAGGAACGAAAGCUUGGAGUGGAUGAUAACCAUUUUCUCACUCUUUACUCUGCCCAAUACUCUGGUCAUAGGCAUUCCACUGUUGAUCGCCAUGUACGGCCAGGACUCCGACAGCCUUAUGGUCCAGGUGGUGGUUCUCCAAUGCAUCAUCUGGUACACUCUGCUUCUUUUUCUCUUCGAGUACCAUGGUGCCAAGAUCCUGAUCAUGGAGCAGUUCUCGAAGACUGCCGCUCGAUUCUCUUUCAAGGUGGAUUCCGACGUUGUCUCACUCCAUGGACUGGAAUUUCUAGAAACCGACACUGAAAUUGUAGAAGACGGGAAGCUUCAUGUCACUUUGAGGAAAUCAAACACUUCUCACCGUUCCUUCGCAAUGACGCCACGGCCAUCCAAUCUUACCGGUGUUGAGAUAUACAAGCUUAAGUUCAUCCCGGAAUCCAACGCCCAGAGGUUCGAAUUUCAACCAUUCCGAUUUCUAUUCCAUGAUGGGAAUUCAGGGGUUCCAAGAAGACAGUCCAACUUUGGUCCAUUCAAUUUAUACCCUGUUCAAUCAUCAAGAGGGCCGACUCCGAGACCCUCAAAUUUUGAAGAAAAUUGUACAACAAUGUCUCUUCAAAAUAUGGUAAUUUCAUUGACAAUUCAGAGCUUGAUGAAGAAGCGACGCUCAAUGACUUGCAGAUCUUAAAGAAAUAGUGUUCAAUUUUUGAAAGGACGAGGAAGGGAAGAAGACGAUAGAAGCUAGCAGAAGUAAAACCCCAGACCCUCAGAUCCCCAAUUUUAUUUCCCUAAACAAUUUAAGGGCAUAAAAGUAAUUUGCAUAA